CGACUACCGCGCCUGCGCCAGCGCCGGCUGAGGCUGGGGUAGCGGCUGCGCGUGCCGGGCGAUGCUAGGCGGCUCCCUGCGCUCCGGGCUGUUGCGAGGUGUGGGUGGGAGCCGCGGGCAGGUCGGGGCGCGGGGUGUCCGCGAAGGUGGCGCAGCCAUGGCGGCGGGGGAGAGCAUGGCCCAGCGGAUGGUCUGGGUGGACCUGGAGAUGACGGGAUUGGACAUUGAGAAGGACCAGAUUAUUGAGAUGGCCUGUCUGAUCACCGACUCUGAUCUCAACAUUUUGGCCGAAGGUCCUAACCUGAUUAUAAAACAGCCAGAUGAGUUACUGGACAGCAUGUCAGAUUGGUGCAAGGAGCAUCAUGGGAAGUCCGGUCUAACCAAAGCAGUGAAGGAGAGUACAGUGACAUUGCAGCAGGCAGAGUAUGAAUUUCUGUCCUUUGUGCGACAGCAGACUCCUCCGGGGCUCUGUCCACUUGCAGGAAAUUCAGUUCAUGCAGAUAAGAAGUUUCUUGACAAAUACAUGCCCCAGUUCAUGAAACAUCUUCAUUAUAGAAUAAUUGAUGUGAGCACUGUUAAGGAACUGUGCAGACGCUGGUAUCCAGAAGAAUAUGAAUUUGCACCCAAGAAGGCUGCUUCUCACAGGGCGCUUGACGACAUUAGCGAAAGCAUCAGAGAACUUCAGUUUUACCGAAAUAACAUCUUCAAGAAAAAAACAGAUGAAAAGAAGAGGAAAAUUAUGGAAAACGGGGAGAACGAGAAGACUGUGAGUUGAUGCCGGUGUUCGUGCCGCCACCACAGUUCUCUGGAGCAGCUGCUGGUGGUUUUGCUCACACAGAGGCUUGGCAGAGCACCUUCUCUCAGCUAACCCGCAGCUCCCGGUUGUGCCAGCAGACAGCACCUGAAAUACUACUUUUCUCCUAACAUGCCGUUUUCAUUUAUGACACAGCAGCACCUUUGUAAGUACCAGGUCUUGUCCACCCCUUGGUACAAAUCUGCAUUUGCUUUUAGACCAUUUCUUUUGUUUUGUUUUUUUAAAAGAAUAAAUCUAGUUCUAUUGAAAUGCAAA